ACUCCUCGUUACAAAGGGGGUUUUAAUUGGACUCUUAAUAACCACCACAGUGUGACGCAUCAGUCCGUACGUCACGCAGGGCCAGAGACUUCCUGCCGCUAUAAAGAAUGACGCUGGACGGAGGGGACUCAGUGGCUUCCAGGGGGGGCUUGGAGCAGGAAAUGAAUGUGGGUCAGCUCCGCAGCCGCGGGGGCCGCUGGCCACUAGGCCUUCUCUGCGUGCUUCUAGCCACCGGCCGCCACGGCCAUGCUGAUACCGAGGAGCUCAGCACCAGAUAUUCAGCUCAUUUCCCCGCCGCGCUGGACCUCGAUGAAAGACAACUGAUGACUGACUUACAUGGGGUGCUGGAGCGACUGAAGAACGACAACCGGUUCCCAACUCAAGGAAUGAAGCAUAAUUAUGUGCCUAUGUGUGCCCCGGGGGAACUGUGUGCCACGCGGAAAGGCUCAAGGAUCGGAAAACUGUGUGACUGCUUUCUGCCGAGGACCUGCAAUACUCUUUUACACCGCUGUUUGUGAAGUCCAGAGUCAUUCAUUUGUGUCUGAUGUGAAGCCUCUACGAGAAGCUUCAGAUCAAAUAGUGAAUGUUUCCCAAUGACGGGACCUCAACACAAAGUUAUGGGAUGGCCUGUGCCUUUGAUAUGAAGGGUUUGCCGUUUCUGUUGUCAGCACGUGGAUGCAUCAUAUCUGUGUCGAUGUGUGCUUAACAUAAGUGGAAUCAUCCCAAAAGAGGUUUCAUGUUGUAUAUCUCAUGUACAGAUUGUUAUAUUGCUGCAUCAAUUGUAUAUGUGGUCCCAAUAUGUGGUCCCUCUGUUUUAGGUCAUUUUAA